AUGUCUGAAAACCGUAACCAGCACCUGUUCGUUACGCUCGCGAUCGUGGGCCUCAUUUUGGCGUCUUGUCUGCUGGAGCAGGUCGACGCCAGAAGGCACCGUUCCGGAAGCUCGAAACGGAGCCAUCACCGGCCGAAAAACGUUAACAUCGAAAUCUACCAUCCCAAAGGUGUCAUGAUUUGGUACCCAUACCGUCCUGGCAUCGAGAUGUUCGGAAUCGAGAUAUUCAUCAACCAAGACAACACCCAAGCUGACUCGAGCGAAGAAGUGGCAUCUCGGAUAAGCUGCGACAUCUGCCUCAACACAACGAAGGUGACGUACGGAAAGUUCAUUCUGCAAAGCGAGGACGCGAUCAUUCGCAGUCGAGAUCACGUGUUUUAUAACGUGAUCGUGAAAAAGACCAACGGCGAAGCACGUGUUUCUCGAUCGAACGAAUUCUACGUCUCGGAGAGCCGCAUACUUAUGGGUGAAAUCAGCAAAGUGGACAAGCCGUCCGAAUCAGCCGUGACCAGCAUCCCACCGGUCACUGAUACGAAACCAAACCCAGAGAUAAAGCUGCUGGAAGACAUCCUCCUGGAGGUGUACGAUCAGUGCUAUGCCGACCAAAACCAAACGAAGCAACUUCUGCUGAGUGCCGAAACACAGACCCGUUUGGACGCGAAGCAGCUGUACCAGUUCACGUUCGACACGCUCAGCGAGAUGCUGCCAGAAAUCGCCUGGAAUGGGACGCUGGUUGAUGCGUUCUACGUUACCGACGAUAUCGGUUUCGCGGUGGCCACGAUCAUCGACAAACUGAAGGUGCUAAAGCUGGCCAAAGCACUGCCCGAACGUCCGAUCACUGAUCUCGAUUUCUACCAAAACGAGGACACGUCGAACGAUAUCGAAGCGUGGGCUUAAGCUGGCGCGUUUGCUCGUGACUCAUAUUUAGAUCCCUGUUUUUUUGUUGUUGUUUUUACCAAUGAAG